AUGGCGUCUGAAACCUUUGAGUUCCAGGCUGAGAUCUCUCAGCUCCUUUCUCUUAUCAUCAACACUGUCUACUCGAACAAGGAAAUUUUCCUUCGAGAGUUGAUUUCCAACUGUUCUGAUGCUCUCGAUAAGAUCCGCUAUGAGGCUCUCUCGGACCCAAGCAAGCUCGACUCCAACAAGGAUCUCCGCAUCGAUAUCAUUCCCGAUAAGGAUAACAAGACCCUUACCAUUCGCGACACUGGUAUUGGUAUGACCAAGGCUGAUCUCGUUAACAACCUUGGUACCAUCGCCCGCUCUGGCACCAAACAAUUCAUGGAAGCCCUCACUGCUGGCGCUGAUAUCUCUAUGAUCGGUCAAUUUGGUGUUGGAUUCUACUCCGCUUAUCUUGUUGCUGAUAAAGUUACUGUUAUCUCCAAACACAACGAUGACGAACAAUACAUUUGGGAGUCCAGCGCUGGUGGUACCUUCACCUUGACCCAGGAUACCGAGGGCGAGGCACUUGGCCGUGGUACCAAGAUCAUUCUUCACCUCAAGGAAGAACAAACCGACUACCUCAACGAAAGCAGAAUCAAGGAGGUCGUUAAGAAGCACUCCGAAUUUAUCUCCUACCCUAUCUAUCUCCAUGUUUUGAAGGAGACCGAGAAGGAGGUGCCAGAUGAGGACGCCGAAGAAACCAAAGCCGACGAAGAUGACAAAAAGGAGGCCAAAAUCGAAGAAGUUGAUGACGAAGAAGAGGAAAAGAAGGCUAAGAAGACCAAAAAGAUCAAGGAAUCUAAGAUCGAGGAGGAAGAGCUUAACAAAACCAAGCCUAUCUGGACUCGCAAUCCUGCUGAUAUUACUCAAGAGGAAUACGGCUCCUUCUACAAGACUCUUUCAAAUGAUUGGGAGGAUCAUCUUGCUGUUAAACACUUCUCCGUUGAAGGUCAACUCGAAUUCCGUGCCAUCCUUUUCGUUCCCAAACGUGCCCCAUUCGACCUAUUCGAGACCAAGAAGACUAAGAACAAUAUCAAGCUUUACGUCCGUCGUGUCUUCAUUACUGAUGAUGCCACUGAGCUCAUUCCUGAGUGGCUCAGCUUCAUCAAGGGCGUGGUUGAUUCCGAAGAUCUCCCACUCAACUUGUCUCGUGAGACCCUUCAGCAGAACAAGAUUAUGAAAGUCAUCAAGAAGAACAUCGUCAAGAAGUCUCUUGAGCUCUUCAACGAAAUUGCCGAGGACCGUGAGCAGUUCGACAAGUUCUACACCGCUUUCAGCAAGAACAUCAAGCUUGGUAUCCAUGAGGAUUCUCAGAACCGCCAGGGUCUUGCUAAGCUCUUGCGCUUCAAUUCUACCAAGUCUGGCGACGAGACUACUUCCCUCACUGACUAUGUUACUCGUAUGCAAGAGCACCAGAAGCAGAUGUAUUACAUCACUGGCGAAUCUCUCAAGGCUGUUCAGCAGUCUCCAUUCCUCGACUCUCUCAAGGAAAAGAAUUUCGAGGUCUUGUUUUUGGUUGACCCAAUUGAUGAAUACGCCAUGACUCAGCUCAAGGAGUUCGACGGCAAGAAGCUCAUUGAUAUCACCAAGGAUUUUGAAUUGGAGGAGACUGAGGAAGAGAAGACGGCCCGCGAGGCUGAAGAAAAGGAGUACGAAGGUCUUGCUAAGGCACUCAAGAAUGUUUUGGGUGAAAAGGUCGAGAAGGUUGUCGUUUCCCACAAAUUGAUCGGUGCCCCUUGUGCCAUUCGCACUGGCCAGUUCGGUUGGUCUGCCAACAUGGAACGUAUCAUGAAAGCCCAGGCUCUCCGUGAUACUUCAAUGAGCGCUUACAUGGCUUCCAAGAAGACUUUCGAGAUCUCUCCCCGUUCGCCUAUCAUCAAGGAGUUGAAGAAGAAGGUCGAGCAGGAUGGUGAGAACGACCGUACUGUCAAAUCUAUUACCCAGCUUCUCUACGAGACCUCCCUCCUUGUUUCUGGUUUCACCAUCGAUGAGCCUGCCGGUUUCGCUGAGCGCAUUCACAAGCUCGUCUCUCUCGGUUUGAAUGUUGAUGAAGAGCCUGAAGUCACCGAGGAGAAAGCUGCCGAUACCGCUGCUCCUGCCGAAGUCGCUGGUGAAAGCACCAUGGAAGAGGUUGACUAA